AUGGCGUCUCAACAGGCUUCCACAUCCACCACAAAGGUGUCGUCUGAGGACAUCAUCUCGCAAAAGACCGACCUUUGCAUCAGCAAUGCAGUAGUCAAGACCGGUAUUGGCUUCUCGGCUGGUGUUGUUCUCUCGGUUCUCCUCUUCCGACGACGUGCCUUCCCCGUCUGGCUCGGCACCGGCUUCGGUCUCGGCUCGGCAUACACCGACUGCGAGCGCUCGUUCAACCCCAUCGCUGUGCCCGGUGUCCGCGUCAUCCCUUCGUCCUCCUCCACCUCGGUCUCGGCGACCAGCUCCGCACCUCAAACUACAUUCGAGAAGCUUCAACAAAAGGCCGGCGAAGCCUUCUCUGCUGCCAAGGUCCAGGCUGCCGACGGACUCGAAAAGGCGCAGGACAAGGGCGCCAGCGCCGUCGAAAAGGUCGAAGCAAAGGGCCAGCAGGCCCUCGACUCGGCCAAGGCAGAGGCAAAGAAGGUCGAGGACAAGUACCGCAUCCAUUCGACGCUCGAACCUCCUGCAGCUACCGCCGACGGUAAGCGCCUCCCGGGCUCCGACUGCCUCGCGUGUCGCUUGACCGGCUUUGCCGCUAUGACGGGUCUGGGCGCGUACUCGUUUGUCGAGGCCUAUCGCAUGGGCGUAUUUCGUCGCUCGUCCGCAGCAGCUGUUGCCGGCGUCAAGCCUCGACCCGUGUGGGGCGCGACGCUAGUCGUGUUUGGCGUGGGAUGUAUCGGCGCCGGUGUGAUUCGGCUUGGCAUGUGA